AUGCAUUUGCACAAUGUUCACCUGAGAGACUCACCUAUUGUGUUACUCAAGGAAGCACUAAAGUCUCUUUACAGAAAAGACAAGAAGGAAGCUGUGAAAUCAGAAACUCCAGAGUUGUUGCCCAAGUUCUUCUCUGGUCUUCGUGUAUGGAAGCAUAAAGCUAAAAAAGGUGAAUGUUAUAUCCUUUCAACAAAAACUUUGAAUUUGGCAAAGACAUUCAAAAUCAUCUCCCAAGGUGAACUUCAGCCUUCUUCACCUUUGAAGGUAAAAUUCUUUCAGGAAAAAUUGCAUUGGUAUUCUUCAAACCCUGUGUUUUUUCUCUCUAAUACGCGUUAUGAAUAUUUUGAUAAAGACAUGAUGCAUUAUUCCUUUGAUAGUUUGAGAAAAGAUGAUUCAGAGGAGCUUCUUGGGGAUCAAUACGAGUUAACUUCACAAAAGUAUAUUAGUUUACACGGCAUGCUGACAUUUGCUGCUUCAGAAAGUGACGAAAAGUUGUGUGAAAAAAUUCGAUAUGCCAUUAAAAAGACUCUUUUUGAUAAAGCCUGCUUCAAAACUACGGAUUCUUACAAUUUUUGUUUGAUGAAAGUACCGUGCUCUUGCAAGCUAAGCAGUUAUAGAUCAUAUUGGCCCCAAAAGUGUGACACAAAUCAUGUGGUUGGGUUUAUAUACAGAUCUGGGGAAGGUGAAAAGAUUUUCCAUAAGUGUAUUAGUGAUAGAAUUGAAAAUUAUGGUGAUACUUUCCGGCGUUUUAAAACCAAAUUUAAGGUCUUCAAUGAGGGUCCUUUUGGUUGCUCUGAUGAGUAUCCAGCCUAUUGUCAAACUAGGGAAGAAGCAAAGGCUUGUAAAUGA